GCUCUAUCCCCAAGAUGGCGGACCUCCUAGGCUCGAUCUUAAACUCGAUGGAAAAACCUCCUACAGUCGGCGAUAAAGAAAGCCGACGAAAGGCUAGAGAACAAGCGGCUAGACUAAAGAAGAUGGAGGAAGAGGAAAAAAGAAAGAAGGCAGAGUUCAGGAAAAAAAUGGAAAAAGAAGUGUCUGAUUUUAUUCAAGACAGUACACAACAAAAACGAAAAUACAAUCCUAUGGGCAAAAUAGAAAGAAGUAUAUUGCAUGAUGUGGCGGAAGUGGCAGGGCUGACCUCUUUUUCAUUUGGGGAAGACGAGGAGAGUCGUUACGUUAUGCUUUUUAAGAAGGAGUUUGCCCCUUCAGAUGAGGAAUUGGAGGCAUAUCGCAAAGGAGAGGAAUGGGACCCAAAAUUAGCAGAGCAGCGCCGAAGACUAAAGGAGCAAGCAGCAUUAGAAGAAGCUGAGGCCCAGAGGUCUGAGAAGUCUGAAACAUGCCCCAACUCCAACUACAGAGACAAAUAUAGUCACCUUAUUGGCACAUCAGCAGCCAAAGACGCAGCACACACACUAGAGGCCAACAGAGCCUAUGGCUGCGUACCCGUAGCAAACAAGAGGGACACACGCUCCAUUGAGGAAGCCAUGAAUGAAAUCCGAGCAAAGAAACGACAAAAACGAGAAGAUGAUACAGGGGCACAAAGUAGUUGCUCCUGAGACAACACUGUGGCCCACUUGUCCUGCUGUUGUGUGAACGUGUGUGUGUGUGUGUGCGCGCGUGUGUUUGUGUGUGAGGUUGCCUGCUCGUCUGCAAUAUUCAUUCAUUCUAACUUAUGUGAUAGCUGUGAGUGGGAAAUUCUCAGGUGUCACAAUUUUAACUGUGGGUUACAUUUAUCUAUGUCUUUCAAUAAUCAAUUUUAACAUUGACUUAAGCCCUUAUACUAAUGGUCAUAGGAGGUAUUUGGGCAUUUAGUAUUAUUAUUAUUAUUUUUUAAGGGGUUUUAUGUGCUGAAUGUUUUAGUCUAAAAUCACAUGAUGCAUUGUGUAAAUAAAAUCCUAAGAUUUUAGGCUGAAAUCAUUGUUAAGGUAUUUUAAAGCCCGUUUUUAUUAUCAAAAGAUGACUGUCAAAGUGUAUGAACGAUCUGUUGGCAAUGAGCUGUUAAAAUGAAGAUAACAUGUUGAAAGCCACACCAUGUCUUGCAGUAGGAAUAUUGUUAAAUUAUUGUUGCACAUUUAAGCAAGUGUUGCAAUUUUUGAUUUAAUAAAGCAAUCUGAACAC